UCGAUCCGUUUGUGUUCCAAACGCCAGGAAUACUAUGAUCUCAGCCGAAGAGGCUCUUCAAACUGUUCUUAGAGUGGGUCAGCGUCUGCCACCCAUUUCUUUGCCACUCCAUGAAGCUCCAGGCAAGGUUUUGGCCCAGGAUAUUCGAGCUCCUGACCCUUUACCUCCUGACCCAGCUUCAGUUAAGGAUGGUUAUGCAGUAGUUGCGUCAGAUGGGCCGGAUGAAUAUCCUGUAAUAACUGAAUCUAGAGCUGGAAAUGAUGGAGUUGGUGUGAUUGUCACUCCAGGAACUGUUGCAUAUGUCACAACUGGAGGACCAAUUCCUGAUGGUGCUGAUGCAGUUGUUCAAGUUGAGGACACCGAAGAAAUCAAAGAUGGUAAUGUCAAAUUUAGGCGAGUAAGGAUAUUGGCUAAAACUAGCAAAGGUUUUGAUAUUCGUCCAGUGGGAUGUGACAUUGAGAAAGAUGAGAUAGUAUUACAAUCUGGACAAAGAAUAGGUGCUUCUGAAAUUGGGUUACUUGCUACAGUGGGCGUGACAAAUGUGAAGGUAUAUAGAACACCUACUAUUGCAGUACUUUCUACAGGAGAAGAACUUGUACAUCCAAAGGUUCAGUGUCUAAACCGUGGCCAGAUUAGGGAUUCAAACCAUGCAAUGAUACUGCAGCAGCAGUGCAAAGUUAUUGAUCUUGGUAUUGCUAGAGACGAUGAGGAAGAACUUGAAAAGAUCUUGGAUAAUGCCUUUUCUGCUGGGAUUGAUAUUCUAGUAACUUCUGGUGGUGUUUCCGUGGGAGACAAGGAUUUUGUCAAGCCAUUGCUUGAAAAGAGAGGGACAGUACAUUUCAGCAAGGUUUGUAUGAAGCCAGGGAAGCCUUUGACAUUUGCUGAGAUCAGUUUAAAGCCAGUAGAGAAUAUAAUGGUGAAUAAAACACUUGCAUUUGGUUUAACUGGAAACCCAGUGAGCUGUCUUAUAUGUUUUCUCUUCAUAGUCCCCACCAUUCGCCAUCUUUCUGGAUGGGAAAACCCUCAUCUUUUGAGGGUGCAGGCUCAUCUUCUCCAGCCUGUGAAGACAGAUAGAGUACGACCAGAAUUUCAUCGUGCUAUUAUUAGAUGGAAAUCCAAUGAUGGAUCAGGCAAUCCUGGAUUUGUUGCUGAAAGUACUGGCCAUCAGAUGAGCAGCCGGCUUUUAAGUAUGAAAUCAGCCAAUGCCUUGUUGGAGUUGCCAGCAGGUGGCAGUUUAAUUUCUGCUGGAACUUCUGUGUCAGCCAUCACAAUUUCAGAUUUUAGUAGUACUGGUAUUAUUGAGACUGGCUUAGGAUCAGUUUUGGCUUCUACAAUGAAAGGAAGCACAACCAAAGAGGCAAGUACAAAUGCUUCUGAGGACACUUUCAAAGUAGCUAUUCUCACAGUAAGUGAUACAGUUGCAUCAGGAACUGGGCCUGAUCAAAGUGGGCCUAGAGCUGUUUCUGUUGUAAAUUCCUCAUCAGAAAGGUUAGGUGGAGCAAGGGUAAUUGCAACAGCUGUAGUCCCAAAUGAUGUAGGGAAAAUCAAAGAUGUUAUCCAGAGAUGGUCUGAUAUUGACAGAAUGGAUCUCAUUCUUACCCUCGGUGGCACUGGCUUCACCCCAAGAGACGUUACCCCUGAAGCUACAAAAGAGCUGAUUCAGAGGGAAACACCUGGUCUUUUGUAUGUAAUGAUGCAAGAGAGUUUAAAGGUGACACCAUUUGCUAUGCUCUCGCGCUCUGCUGCAGGGAUAAGAGGGUCAACAUUGAUCAUUAACAUGCCUGGGAAUCCGAAUGCGGUUGCUGAAUGCAUGGAGGCUUUGUUGCCGGCCCUUAAGCAUGCAUUGAAGCAGAUAAAAGGUGACAAGAGAGAGAAACAUCCUCGUCAUGUCCCGCACGCACAAGCGGCACCAGUGGAUACAUGGGAGCACAGUUACAAGGUGGCUUCUGGUGGUAACACAGAACAUAGUUGUUCUUGUUCCCAUUAGCAUUUUCUUUGGGAGAAGAAAUUCAAAUUCUGUAACAUUAUGUGUAAUUUUGGUUCACUUCAUAUCGUGUGUGAUUAAGGAUAAGUACUCCAUUUUACACAUGGGAAUUGUAAUUUUUCUGUUUUAUUAUUUUCAUUUUC